CCUGUGCCCUUGGUAAAUGCGCCAGCACCCGCGCGAACUCCACUAGCUCCGAAUCAGAAUGUCAACCGUCCGCAUCCGACUACCGAACUUAAUCCACUACAGCGACGUAUGACCAUCCUGAACGAAGAUAGACAAGGAAGGUCAACCGACGAGAAGCGACAUUUUGUGGCGACUCAUCGGUCAGCCUCCGUGUUGUUCGCUUUCGAUCCACGCUUUUUACACUCCCGGAUUGCUAUUACCAAUGUGAAUUUUGUGGAUCCUCAUUUUGAUGGAUCUGCGUUGGAGGCCCGAACAAGCUUGACUCUGAUGACCCUGCCCACCUGGGAAAGGGUCGCAACAACCACCAAGUUUAAGUGCCCGGUGUUGGCCAGUCGCAGUCCCGCUUCGGCCGGCACGUCUUCUAGAUCCGCCACUGGCUCUUGUCAGCAGAGUCCUUCGAGUACAAGUGUAUCUGGACGUGUCCUACAUCGGCACAGAGCAGCCUCAGAGGCAAAUCAGCCUAUAGAUAGGCAGCAAACCCACUGGCCUACUCUGGCCUCUCCUCAUAUUUUAAGCAUAUUCUAUUCGCGAGACGGAUACCUUCUGUUUGUAGUCUCCACCGAAAGUCGCGUGUGUCGAUGUUCCACAAUAGGACACCACGCUUCUUCCACCAAUGUCAGUACUGUUUUUCCAUUCGCCUCCUCAGAGUCUGUGGAAGAUCGUGAGGAUGUAGUUAUUCGUUCAUCUCCUGUUCGCGUCAAUGCCACAGCCAAUCAUGACGGCUCUCGAGCCCAUCAAAUACAUCGCUCGGGAGCCGUCUCGUUCUGUCUUCCAUCAUCCGAGAAGACAGAAGUCUCACAAAGACACAGAGACCCGAUUGCAUCACAUACAUCCAUGCUUGCACCAACUCUUCCAGGUUGUAUUACUUUAUGGUUGACCAUUUUCAAUUCAGACACACUGUCCCGCCUCAGAACUUUACGAUUCGACCGACCAGUCUGCCCUGUACACACAUGCCCCACAAACUAUAUUCCGGUGAUGAGCCGAUGCGGGUCUCGUCUGGCUCUCAUCACAAAUCAAUAUGUUUCCCAGCAUUUGAGUAAAUACCGUUCAGGACUAUCCGCAAAUUGUGUGGUCAACACGGGCGUGCUAACUCCGGCCUCCCUGCGGCACUCGAUACCCUCAGUCAAUGUGGAUGUUUACGCACGGACGCAUAUGAAUCAUUCUCGUCACCCGGACUGUAAGGCUGGCGUACAUUGUAGUAGUUCCCAGUUGACGCCAGAUAAG